AUGAGAGACUACAAGGUCGUCGUAUUAGGUGCCGGUGGUGUCGGUAAAUCGUCCGUCACAGUCCAGUUCGUACAAGGUGUAUACGUCGAAAGUUAUGAUCCUACCAUCGAGGACUCCUACAGAAAACAGAUCGAAAUCGACGGCAGAGCCUGUGACUUGGAGAUCUUGGACACCGCGGGUGUAGCCCAAUUCACAGCCAUGAGAGAACUUUACAUCAAAUCGGGAAAGGGUUUCUUGUUGGUGUACUCGGUGACAGACGAAAACUCGUUGAAGGAAUUGUUGGCGUUGAGAGAACAGGUGUUGAGAAUCAAGGACUCCGAGAACGUGCCUAUGGUGUUGAUCGGUAACAAGUGUGACUUGGAGGACGAUCGUGUGUUAAGCAUAGAUGACGGUAUCAAGGUGUCCCAGGACUGGGGCUUGGUCCCUUUUUACGAAACUUCCGCCAUGUACAAGACCAAUGUUGACGAGGCCUUCGUUGACGUUGUACGUCAAAUCAUGCGUAAGGAAGCGUCCAUCAGUGCUGAAAAGAAACAACAAAAGGAAUUGCAAAAGCAAAACGAAUUGAACAAGCAAGAGGAGGCCCAGUCUGGUGCUAACGACACCCAGAAAGAGGAGACCCAGAACAAUAGAUUGAAGCAAUCGAUUAACGAUCCAUCCAAUACCCCUAGUGGAAGCAAAUGUUGCACCAUUAUGUAA